AUGGACUGGAAACAUCUUCUGUCUUUAUCGCCGCAUAAUCUGGAUGAUUUACGUAAGGAUGGCGCUGCACUGGAAAUUGCUAACAUACCGACCGAUCUCAAGCUAGACAGCAAGAGCUACAAAAAACUGUUUCGUUUGGCUCAGGUUGCUUUGAAGUUUAGAAAUGAACAGCAAUUGCAGGUCAAAGUAAUGGAAGGCAACAAUGAGUACGGAAGCCAGGAGCGGCUGCACGAAUGGAAACGGACCGUCGAAAAAUUGGAGUUGGAACGGCACACCCUUCGGACGAAGGUGAAGGAGCUGACGGAAGAAAAUACUAAACUGCAGGCCAAGCAGACCGAAAGUGCGUCUUUCGGAAGCGAUGCUGAAGACUCCCCGGAUGCGCUGUCAGAGAUCGAACGGCAGCAGGAGUUAUACAACAAUAUUAGCAUGAAAAAUAAGCACAUAAAACGACUGCUGCGGGACAUUGAUGAUUUGGAGAAGCGAAACAGCUUUCAGGUUGACACGAUCAAUGAGUUACAGAUCAGCUUGAAUGAUGCUACCUUAAACCUAACCGCCCUCACACAUCAGUACGAAGAUCUACAGACGCUGUGCAAGGAACAUGAGAGCAGCAUCGAACAAGCGAAUGAGAAAAUUAGCUUAAUGGAAAAUGAAAUUGCGCAACUAUCGCAUGAAAAGGGACACUUGAGCGACGAGAUAACUAAUGCCACCAAGCGAUACGAGAAGAAAAUGGCUGAAUUGCAGGACCAGUUGAGCGGCAACGAAAAGGACAUGAGCGACCUGAAGGAUCGCUAUGACGAUCUUUUGGGCCAAUUUCCGGGAAUUGAUAUUGAAAAUGAAAGAAGGGAGUAUAAACUUAUGGUGGCUAGGCUUCACGAACGGGACGAGGUGAUUGUGGACUUAGAGCAAAAGAUCUUGGAAAUGUCGAAGGAGAUGCACCGGUCAACGGACGUGAUGAAUCGUAUCAGUGACGAAAAGAGCCGGGCCACCAAAGAGAAACAAAAAGAUGGUCAAUGUUGUAACGAAUAUCGGUUACAGUUGGAUAAGGCCAAUGAGCGAUGCCGUGAGAUGCAGGAAAUUCUCACUGGUGUCGAGGAAGACAACUGCAUCAAAUCCCGCCAAGCCGUUGAAGCGAUAGAAGCACUGAGACGCUACGAAAACGGCGAAGAAGGACUUGCCAGUGCUUUACGAAAAAUCAACCGAUUACAGGAAAAAGUACGAAGCCGUGACAAACAAGUCAAAGAACUGAUUUCAGAGAUCAACUUAGCAAACGAUAUUGCCCUGGAAAACGGAGUUCUCCGCCAACGAUUAGGUCUCCCGGAUGAUGAGGUCGUUGCAACAAGUGCGAUAUUGGCGAACCAAAGAAAGGUAACGAAAGUGAACGAGCGUCUUGCUUUAAAGUUGCGCGCAUCGGAAGAAAUUAGGUUGCAGCUGAAGCUGGAAAAAAGUGAACUUAAACGCAAAUUGGCCAAUUUAGCACACACCGGCAAACAAACUACGGAAACAGAAGUCGAAAAUGGUGACAUCGUGGAUGGUGCGACGAAGUUUUGUGAAAAUUGUAUGAAACAAUAUAAUGCGCAAAAUGCGUCACGUAACUGCCGGGCUUGCAGACUCCGGCAGAGCUUCAACAUCUGUGACACGUGCGUUGGUCAGUUGAAAAGCAACUUUGAGGAUCGCGUAAAGAGUGAAGGACAGCAACAACAAGGUACGGUUACGAGCUCUAAUAAUAACCGCACUAUUGCGUUGGAAAAACUUUACGCAACGGUUUUGGAGGAAAACGAACACUUGCGUCUGGGAAUGCACGAAAUUUUACAAAAGCUCCGAGACUACGAUGCCAUGUCCGAACGGUUGACGAUCGAUACAUCAUUGUUGGACAGACUGUUGCGUGUACUCGAGGACCAGUCAGGCGAUCUUUUGGUAGACUCGGAACAAGACAAACCGUUAAAAGAACCUUUAGCUACGGCUGUCUCCAAAUCAGCUCCAAAGAGUAAGAGCGUGCGGUCAUUAGAAAGUAUGGACGAGACAGGAAAUGGGUGCAACCAGGCGGAUGGAUCUGAGAUGAUGGUUCGUUUAGAAGAACGCGGCCAGGAUGAUUUCAGCGAACAGGUAUUACUGAAGGCGGUUGAGAUUGACAGACUAACGGAAAUGCUGGAACGGCUAAGGCUAGAAAACAAUCGUCUUCUUUCGGUACAAGAUGAGCUAUAUGUUACUCAAACACUCUACAAUGAACUGAUGGCCAUUACGAAAGCAUCGGAAAGUGAGAAAGACCAAAUACUUGUGCAAACCGUUGAUCGCUUGAAGAGUAUAGAAUCCGGUGUCUGCGUUCUGCAGCGGAAGGUGGAUUAUUUGAAAACCGACAACGACAACUUGCAGAACACAUUGCGUACUAUCAAAAAUGACCAUCUGGAUCUCCUACAUGCACUGCGCGUGGAGCUUACGGAGAAGAGCGCUGCAUUGAAACAGUUUGAAAUGAACGUGUCGUGCACUCGAAAGUCUCCCGAUUCGGUAAACGGCGAGGUGAUUGAGAAACUGGAAACGGAACUGUCGCGGAUGAAACUGGAAGCAACCAAUUUUUAUCACAUCUUUUUGAGAAACAUACAAGAGGUAGACAAAGACCAUCUCAUCGAUAUAGACUACAGCAUGUUGAAUCAGAUUGGAGUGGUAGAUGUGAAUUUAACCGUUGAGUUCAUAACGAAGGAAGAAUAUAGGAAAAUGUUUGAUAGAAUCAACCAUCUUGAACGAGAGCUGCAACGCGAACUGGUGAAAAACGGUCAUCUGGAAGACCUGCUAAAGAUAUCGAAUGAGCAGAUCCGAUCGCAACAUUCUCUCAUAUCCAAAUGCUCGGAGGAAGAGGUGAGCCUGCGUCACUUGGUAGUCGACUUGCAAAGCACGUCGAACGAGAAGUAUCUACUGUCCAGGGCGCAACAAGAACUGAUUGUUGUUCGUGAGAAGGAGGAAAAAUUGAAGGUUGAAAAUGCUAAAAUGAAACAAAAGCUGUUGGAAAAAUUAGCAGAAUUGGACACACUCAAACAGCAGCUUGAAGAACAGGCGUCAGAGUUUGUUGCACAACAAAAGGACAACGUUUUGAAAAUCAGAUUCCUGAAGAAAAGUCUACAAAUGUUGACGAAAAAUCAUGUUGCUGGUACGCCGAUGUUUGCAAUCGGAGAUUUUGUGAAACUAUACACAAAGUUGUUAAGCCUGCGCCAAAACCUUGCAGAGGACCAAAAACAUUAUUCCAACCGAACUCGCGAUGAGGAAUAUGAUCGAUUGUUCGCCAAGAUGAAGGAGGCAAUUGCGGGAAACGACAUGCAGGACAAGAUAAAUCUGAUAAAAUUUGAAAGCCAAAGUGAGUAUCUCACCAGGCAACUGAUUCUCUGCCAGGAACAGAUUGACCAGCUACACUCGGAAAAUCAUCAGCUUAGAUUGGAGAAGGUCGAAAACACUCAACACUGGGACACAAUCAACCUGCUUUUCGCUGACGGUCCUGAGAAGAGGCGCAGAGAUACUCAAUUCGAUAAAGAAGUUCAAGUGUCGGUUGAAACAUCAUCAAAGUGCAUCAAUACGAUUCCUAUCAUUGAAGACCCCAUCAUACUUGGAAGGCCUAGUAGAAGUUCUUCCGGCGAUACAAUACACGGUGGUGAUGAUCGUAAGGAAGACAUUCAAACGAUUAAAUAUAUUAACGAGGAUUCAAACGUCGCCAUUGAAACUGUUACGAAAAAGUCGCUAGAGUCCCAACUGAAGCAGGCAAUGAUACUGGCGUCGACACGUAGCGCAUUGCUGUUGGAAGCCGAAAGUAGACUAUCCGAGUUCCAGGGUCGGAUAAGUUUGCUAGAAAAAUCCCUUGAGGAAAAAUCUAAUCUUUUAAAUCAGCAGGAGAAAUCUGCCGACUCGGUAAAAAAUGAACGGCUGGAGGAUAGCAUUCUUAAUACCACUAUCGGGUCGUUGCAGAGCCUUCUCUUGGAGAAGGACACAACUUUGUCGAGAUAUCAGGAUCUGCUGAAGGCUGAACGUGUCGAACACUCGCGGCUGUACGACGAAAACGUGGCGCAGAUAAGGAAUCAGAAGAAGUCCAUCGACGAACUUGAACAAAAGCUGUACGAGAAGCAGAAAGAAUGCGACAAUCUUUCCACGCAGCUGGACGAUCUCGGUAGGCUGAAGGCAGCGCAAGAGAACUUGCCGGAAAAGCAAGUCAGUGAAGAUGCCUCUACCAAAGCAAACACGGACGACAUAGUGUACACGGACAAAAUCAUUGAAAACAUUUAUGAGAUAGACGAGAAGAAGGAGCGAGAGCUGCAGGAAUUAAAGGUGCAGGUGGGAAUGUUGGAGAAAAAUCUGCAGGACGCAGAGCUGGAACAAAAUCGUCUCCAGUUACAUCUUCGCGAUGCCAUUGGGCGGGAGAAAAAGUUGGAAAAGGCGCUCCGCGAAAAGGAUUCUGAACUGGCCACAGCGAACGAGCGAUUGUCCAGAGAGACGAACGAUAUUCGGGAGCUCACGGAAACUAUUGCCCACGCGCAGGAGACUCAACAAUUGAAGGAGUUGCUCGAAGAAAAGGAUCGCCACAUACAGGACCUAACGGAGACACUGUCCCAGUUUCACGAGGACCAAAGCAACUUCAUGAACGACACGUCUUUGCACUCGGCCGAGCAAGUUUCGCAGCUAAGUGCCGAUUUGAAUCGCAGCGAGGCCAGUAAUCGGAUACUGAAAACACAGAUUGAAGCGUUGAAAAGGCAGAUCAUCAGCAUACAGCAGCGAGAGAAGCAGUCGCGCGAACUAAUCAAAACGCUGAAAAACCAGCUAAUAAAACGACCCGUAAUUGCGAUGAAGUCUGACCGAUUGUCAACGCCUCGCGAAGAUCAAAUGGCGAGGCGAAUGCAACAACUAGAAUCGGAACUCCUCGAAACGAAAAAUGAGCUGCGGAAACAAACGAUGGUUAACGAGAACCGUCGGGCAAAAACGGCCGCAGAGUUGGACUUGUGGAACAAACAGAAACGCUGGCAACAGAUGGCCGAAAGGUUGAAAGUGCAGCUGAAGGAACGAGAGAUGGAAUUGGAAAAGUUGAAAGUACACUUCAACACUGCCAAAACGACGAUCAGUCGACUUGAGCGGGAUCGCGUCCGAUUGAAUUGUGUCGUCACUGGUUCGAGCGUCCCGGUGUCUGGCACGACUGGACUGGAAAACAAGUAUCAAGGAACAGAGCCAUCGGAGCAGUGCUGUAGCACCGACAGCACCGAAUCCGAGGGUACUAGCAUCACGACUCAGAUGUUGACACAAAACCGAAAGGAAAUUAUAGAAGCUCUCAAGAACCGUAUCGAAGCCCAGCAGCGGCGGAUUGUGGCGAUGGAGCUCGAACGUAGGGGUUCGAAUACGGUUGCACAUGAGCUGGAAAAGAUGCAGGAAAAGCUCUGUGCUAUGGAAACUCAGAACGUUCGUUUGGAGGCAAAAACUCUUCAACUGCAACUCGACAAUGACAUGCUGCGGCAGAACGACGAAAAUGAUCGAUUGAAGCGGCAGAUAGCACAUCUUGAAGAGUUCAUCAUUACAUUGAAAGAGGAGCUUUCGAAAGCCACUGCCGGGUGUCCGGAGUCAAUCAAUUUUGAAAAUCUUUGCGUCAGAUGCAGCCGUCGCAAAGGGGCAAACGAUUUGGUGGAACGUAACGCCACUCUGGAGCAAACAGUGCUUACGCUACAACGUAUGGUUGAGAAACUUCGAUUUGAGAAUAAGCAUUUGAAAGAUCAGAGAACGCGCGAACGAGAAUCUUCGAAUGGUGCGCCCGGUAGAACCGUAGAGAAGGAGCUAUACGAGCGUCUGAAAAAGGAUUACGAAAAGCUUCAGCUCGGACAUGCGGAGGCGUUGAACAAAAUGUCGAUGCAGCAGGUAGAAAUCGAGCUGCUGUCGAGUGUAAACUGCACCCGCUGCAAGGUUCUCUCCGGCGGAGAACCUUCGUUAGCAAGCGCCGCCACCAGCGGUGACCGUACGGCAAUGCUCGAAGAGUUUAAGGAUAAGCUGGAGAAGAAAAGCCAGCUGUUGGAAAAGGCCAAGAUCUUGCUUCAACGUGCCGCAGCCAAGGAAAGAUACCUGAAGGAACAGAUUGAUCUACUGAGGCGCAAGUGCUCUGAUCUUCAGAAUGUGCCGGUGAUUGACGAAAUAAGUGAAUAAGGAAAGUGUGAACUUGAAAUAUGAUAUGAAUUCAUUGUACAGUGGACAAACGAGACGAUUCGUCGAUGUGUAGAUUACACUGUCCACCCGCGAUAGACGAUCCGUUUCACUUAUGAGAUAGCUGUAUUCAAACUCUUGGCCAACGAAAG